CAACGUUUGCUCAUUGUCGUCACUGAAGCCAAUCUUUAAAAUUUCAUUGUUUAGAGGUUUUCAGUUUUCAGUAAUUUUAAACAAAUUACAAAACAGAAAGUAAAGGAUCGGCAGGUUUCCAACUAGAUAUCUAUCUAUCAAGAUCAAGAAAAAUACCUGAAAAGCAAAAUGGGCGAAUGGAAGAACGGCAUCUUCGGUUGCUUCAACGACUGCACCGUCUGCAUCAUCACCUACUUCCUCCCUUGCUACACGGCUGGAAAGAAUGCGGAAGCUGUGGGAAAGAGUUGCUUCCUGUACGGCUGCCUCACGUGCAUCGAGCCCAUCGGCUGCAUACUGAGGAGCACCAUCAGGCAACAGAUUAGAGAACAAUAUUCCAUCGAUGGAAGCUUUGGUGGUGACCUCCUCUGCCACAUGUGUUGUCCAUGCUGUGCCUUGGUGCAAGAAGCUCAGGAACUAAGUGCCGGUGGACAGAGCAUGAACAGAUAAGCGUUAUAACAACAAUACUGGCGAUGAAGAUGAUGACGAUGGUGGAGGUGAUAAUGAUGGUGAUGACGAUGAUGAUAAUGUGAUGACGGUGAUGUGAUGACGAUGAUGUGAUGAACAUGAUGGUAAUGACGAUGAUAGUGGUGAGUAUUGAUGAUGAUUUUGAGUUGAUUGACGAUGAUUACGAUAACUAUAAUGGUAAUGUUAAUAACUGUCAUAAGGAUGAUAAACUAACAAAAAUGAUGAUGAUGAUAAUGAUGAUGUGAGGUUGGGUUCGAUGUUAUAUGAUGAUGAUGAUGGUGUUGGUGGUGAUGACGAUGACAAUUUUGAUAGUUCUCAAUUGCAAUAACGAUUAUAGCAUCUCGUUGAAUUAUUGUAUUCUUAUCAUUGGAUCUGAUAAUAAUGAUGACGCAAAACCGAUGAUGAUAAUUAUGAUAAACAUGAUGAUGAUGAGGAUGAUGAUGAUGAUCAUCAUGAUGAUGAUCAUGAUGAUUGUGAUGAAAUGAUGAUAACGAUGAUGAUAAUGUUAACAAUGAUGAUGACGUCGAUGAUGAUGUACAAGAUUGCUUCAAAUGUUAUUACAGGUCAAUAUAAAUAAUUGUUCUCAUUGAUUAAUAAUGAUAAUAUUAAUAAUAAUUUUUAUUAUUAUUGUUUUUUGUUAUUAUCUGUAACCUUGUUUAUAUUCUCACAGCAAUAAUAUUAUUCAUUUGAUGUAAGGCUAUCAUCAUCAUCUUCUCAUUCAUCAUCA